AAACAAGCUAUGCAGAGCAACAGAGAGGAUGAGCACUGUAUGCCUGUAAGGUGUUAAGAAACUUGGAAGUCAGGGGUUUUUUUGUAGAGACUUUGGAGUGGUUCUGCCGUUCCUGAUAAUUGAAAUGUACUAUGGAACAUGUUCAAGAACAUGAAGAGUGCCUUGUGCAAACCCAGAUGUACUGGGUGGAGAGACCGGUAUAUAACGAAGAGUUCUUACAAGGACAGCUGCACAAGAAGGAAAAGACGCCUCAGCCUCUUAGCCAGAAGAUAGCACAUUCUUGUCGUUGUUCUUCCAAGAAAGCUAAGUCUCAUCUCUACAGUUUUUUACCAAUUUUAAAAUGGCUGCCCCGUUAUCCAGUGAAGGCAUAUUUGUUAGGAGACAUAGUCUCAGGUAUAAGCACUGGGGUUAUGCAGCUUCCUCAAGGGUUAGCCUACGCUUUGCUGGCUGCUGUUCCCCCGGUAUUUGGCCUAUAUUCUUCAUUUUAUCCUGUUUUUCUAUAUACCUUUUUUGGGACCUCCAGACAUAUAUCAAUAGGGACAUUUGCUGUGAUUAGUCUGAUGAUUGGUGGAGUUGCUGUCAGAGAAGCUCCUGAUGAAAUGUUUAAUAUUAUGGAAUCUAAUUCCACCAAUAGCACUGAUCUCCUUGAAAACUAUAAAGCCAGAGAUGCUAUGAGGGUAAAGGUAGCUGUGGCCGUCACCUUGCUUUCAGGGAUCAUACAGUUGUCUUUAGGUCUCCUUCGGUUUGGUUUUGUAGCCAUCUAUCUAACGGAGCCACUGGUACGAGGGUUCACUACGGCCGCGGCAGUUCAUGUCUUUACCUCCCAAUUAAAGUAUCUGCUUGGAAUCAAGACAAAACGCUACAGUGGAGCCCUUUCAGUUCUAUAUAGUUUAAUUGCUGUACUUUCAAAUAUCACAAAAACCAACAUUGCAACCUUAGUUGUUGGAUUAACAUGCAUUGUUUUGCUGCUGAGUGGCAAAGAAAUUAAUGACCGGUUUAAGAAGAAACUGCCAGUUCCUAUUCCUAUGGAGAUCAUUGUGGUAAUAAUAGCUACUGGAGUUUCAGCUGGAAUGAAUCUGUCCAACACGUAUGAAGUGGAUAUUGUUGGGGAGAUCCCUAAAGGAUUACUUGCUCCAAAAGUACCUGAUAUAAAUCUCAUCCCAGCAGUGUUUGUAGACGCAUUAGCAAUAGCAAUUGUUGGCUUUUCCAUGGCUGUAUCAAUGGCCAAAAUCUUUGCACUUAAACAUGGCUACACUAUUGAUGGAAAUCAGGAACUUAUUGCCUUGGGAAUAUGUAAUUCUGCAGGAUCCUUCUUCCAAACCUUCUCAAUCACAUGCUCAAUGUCUCGGAGUCUUGUUCAGGAGAGCACGGGAGGGAAAACUCAGAUUGCAGGUACCCUGUCCUCAAUCAUGGUUCUGUUAGUCAUUGUGGCUAUUGGUUACCUCUUUGAACCACUACCACAGACUGUGCUAGCUGCGAUCGUAAUGGUGAAUCUGAAAGGAAUGUUUAAACAGUUUGGAGAUAUAACACAUUUCUGGAGAACCAGUAAGAUUGAACUGGCCAUCUGGAUUGUUGCUUUUGUGGCCUCUGUUUUCCUGGGACUAGACUACGGCUUGCUUACUGCUGUGGCGUUUGCAAUGAUAACCGUUAUUUACAGAACACAAAGUCCACAGUACAGAAUCCUGGGUCAAAUUCCCAACACAGACAUUUACUGUGACGUGGAAGAAUAUGAAGAGGUGAAAGAAUAUCCUGGAAUAAAAAUAUUCCAGGCCAAUGCCUCCCUCUAUUUUGCCAAUAGUGAAUUGUAUGCAAGUGCACUGAAGAAAAAGACUGGAGUUGAUCCAUGUGCUGUAUUGGCAGCAAAGAAAAAAGCCCAGAAAAGGCAUGCCAAGGAACUAAAGCAGACAAAUGAACACAGGAAGAAAGCAGUCUUGAAGCUUACUAAUGACAUGGAAACAAGCGUAAAACACGAGGUAAUUAAUGAUGAGCUACCCCUAAAUGGAAAAUCUGCAGAUGCAAAUGCACAAGGCACAUCUCCUGAUGAACUUGAACACUUUAUGGAGCCAGUGACAAAUGUUCACUGUAUAAUUUUGGACUUGACACCAGUGAACUUUGUGGAUUCAGUUGGAGCAAAAAUGUUAAAAUCAGUUAUAAAAGAAUAUGAAGAAGUUGGUGUUUUUGUGUGUAUAGCCAGCUGCAGUGGCCCUGUUAUGGAUGAUCUGACUCGACUUAAUUUUUUUGAAAAAUCCACCACCAGAGAUUUGCUGUUUCACAGUGUUCACGAUGCUGUUCUCUCCUGCCAGCUGAAGGUUGGGUCUGUUCCACAAACUGCCUCAGACCUCUUUGUUAGUACUUCAGAAUCACACAUGGAGAACUGAAAUCUGCAUAAUUCCAUGAGAAAGAGAGACUCUACCAACACUUAAUUUGCACAGUAUAAACCGAGCGUAAGACUAUCCACCUCUACGGGUAUACUGUAUAGAGGUGGGGUAGUUAGUUUGCUACAGGAAUAAUGAACAAACAGUUUGCUGCCUUAAUACUUUUGAACUGUGCUCUUCCUUACCUGAAUCCAGGUGUAAGUUAACCCAACAUGCAAACGUUUUAUUUGGAUGUUGUUGAAAAUAAUGUAUUUUGCUGCGGACAGGAUAUUAGAACAUUCUGAUGAGGGUGGGUUAAGUGUUUAGAAACAUGGCAUUGGAGGAUAUUGCACUAAGCUGCAUAUUAGUUCACUUUGGAUAAAAUAUUGAAACAUGUGGAGUGCAGGUAAUGGACAAAUUGAUAUGUCACACACUGUUUCCAGCAAAGUGGGAUCUUGCAGAAAAUACCUUUUCUACAGUUACCAAUACAAUGCAUUGUACUCCUGUCUUAAAGGGUUUUCUUAAUCCGAUUCAAAAACUGCUGCCAAUGUGUAUAUAGCAGGAGUCCGCAACCUGAGACACGCGUGCCAAAGGCAACACGCUGCUGCCAGCUGGGGUCCCAGCCGCCGGCCCCGCUAAGCCCACUGCCGGCCUGGAUGGACGGAACCCAGGCUGGCAGCGGGAUGAACCACUCAGCCUGGCAGGGUCCUGGAUGGACGGAACCCAGGCUGGCAGCGGGAUGAACCACUCAGCCUGGCAGGGUCCUGGAUGGACGGAACCCAGGCUGGCAGCGGGAUGAACCACUCAGCCUGGCAGGGUCCUGGAUGGACGGAACCCAGGCUGGCAGCAGGCUGAGUGGGGCUGGCGGUUGGGACCCUGGCUGGCAGGGGCUGGCGGACGGAACCCCAGACCGGCAGCAGGCUGAGCGCCUCAGCCUGCUGCCGGUCUGGGGUUCCGUCUGCUGCCCGGUCUGGCACGCGAAACCUUUUACUGGCAUGUGAAACCUUAAAUUAAUGAAGAUUUGGCACACCGCUUCUCAAAGGUUGCCAACCCCUGGUAUAUAGAGUAGAUUCUUGUUCAAAACUAUGCCUAUCUACUAGCUGGAUUUGUGACGUUUCAUGCUGGUGUCAUUAACUGCUGUUUUCUUAAGCUGGAUGGUACAGACCAUGUUCCUAUUUUUAUAGUUAACCUGUCUUAACAGUGACCACCUCGUUCUCAAAAUAUUCUCCCCAUUUUGGCUCAAUUUCAAAUCAAACAUAAUUAGUCUGUUACUAUUCCUACUAAAGAAUUCCAGUGCUACAGUUGAGUCACACCUACUAGAAAAUAGCAAAUAAUUACCAAGUAGUAAAUGAUUGAGGAUAAUCUGGUUAAAUGGGGUGUGACCAGACUAUCUGAAACAGAUGAACCUUCUGCAGUGCCUUUUAAACUGCUACAGGCAGGUAGUCAAGGCCCAAAACGUAAUUCGAUGUGGAAGAAGAGACGUAUUGUCAUCUACACCAUCCUGCUCCCAGUGCAGGCUUGUCUCUCAUCCUGCUUUUAAAUGCUUUGUAAUAUGAAGUUUUGCAAAACCUAAUUUAUAUACUUAAAUAGAUGAAAACUUGUUCAAAUAUAAAUAUUCCCUGACACCGAGGGCAACCCUCCUAAGGCACUGAUGUUACUUAAAGUGAAACUCCCUACUCUCUUUUCACCCUAAUUUUAAUUGCUGUAGCUGAAAGAACCUAUCUUGACCCAGCUAUAGUAUUUUUAGAGCUGGACUCAAGCAUUGUUGAAACUCUUGCACAAAGUUCCUGUUUUAAGGAUAGCCAAGCUUUCAAUUGUUCCUUAGCCAUAAAAUGACCCUUCACAUAGUUCCAUCAUAACACAGGUUCUGUGCUCUAGGGUAAUACAGAGGACUUCCCCCUCUUCGCUGGAAGUACAAUUAGGUCUGUAUUUAGUUGGCUUUAUACAUGAGCUAUGCUCCUCAGUGCGGAGGAGGAGGUAAGUGCCUUGCCUCUGAUCCAGCUGGCAACACAGAUGGGCAAAAUUUGGCAUCAGCAAUGAAACCAUGACUGGAAAUUACACUUAAUCCUUUUAUCUCGGGAGCAUUUUUAUUCUGGUGCCAGGGUAAAUUUUGUAAUUUUAAUCUAGCUAACAGUCCUUUUGUAUAACAUGCAGUAUAUUUUUUUAGCCGUACAGUUUCUUCAGUUAAUGUCAAAAUUGUCUGUCUUCAACAUCCCAAAUAAAGAGGAGUUCAAUGACUUGA